GUCACGUUGUGACCCCCACCAAAACGCCAACGUUCACUUUUCUUUCGCACUGCAUCCUCUCCCCUCGAUCGGAUACCAGUACAGCACGGCCACAACACCACCACUUCACCACAUAAUACUGGUACGGGUACUAGUACAGUACUGUACCAGGCACCACCAUCACUACACCAGCGAUACCAGUACGAGUACCUCCUUUGUGUUGAUUACUCUGUCUGCCUGUGAGAGUUAACACACAUAAAUUAAUAAGAUCUACCUACCAGCAUGGCGUUCACAGUUGGAGUGGGAAUCCUUUUGGCGCUCUAUGUGCUGAUGAUGGGAUCGACGUUCUAUUUCUGCAUGGUGGCUGACCCAGCAUUGUCUCCGACGGCUCGAUUUGUCUCCUAUGACCUGCCGAACGAAAUAAUGAAGUUGGUGGGCAAGGUGGCAGGCCCAAAAGGACAAAAGUUGCUGGAGGUAUUCAUGGACCGUCUCAUGGCCAUUGUCUAUCUGACCGUGGUGAUCGGGGGAUUCUUGACGCUGUGGCUACACGCAUAUCCUUGGGCGCAACAAUCAUCACACGUUCCAAAUUAUCAUCUGAACAUUGGAUACGUCGUCUUCUUAUUUGCUCUCUAUACCUGGAGACUUACAAUGACAACCAGUCCUGGAAUUAUCACCAAUGAGACUCUCCAAUACUAUGAUCACUUUCCCUACGAUGAUUUUCUUUACGUAAAAGGUCGCAUGGACAAGAAAAGGGGGAUUCCUCGAUUGGCAAGGAGUAAAUUUGAUCGCAUGAAACAUCAACAACACGUCGCUCGGUUCGAUCACUACUGUGGCUGGGUUGCUGGCACCAUUGGCGAAGAGAACUAUCGGCUCUUUCUACUCUUUGUAGCCACACAGUUUGGAAUGUGCGUCUACGGAACCAUGGUGUUGACCAGACUCUUUAUGGGGGAAAUUGAAGACAGCAACCUCUACGAAGUUACGUUCCUGGACAAGUCCACGGGACAGGAAUACAAGGCCAACAAUUACGUUGUCUUUCAAUAUCUUUUUCAUCGCCAUAUUUGGGAAGCAGCUAUUCUCACAAUCAUGGCUGUCAUGGCUAUUGCUCUGUCCUGCUUCUUGCUGUAUCACUUUUACGUAACGUCAAUUGGAAUGACAACCAACGAACACUACAAGUGGAGCGAUGUGAGGAAGUGGCACAAAGAGCAAGUCAAAAAGUACAACGCAUACGUCAAGAAACAGCAAGAAACUACAGCUAACGACAACUCACAACCAGAAAAGUCUCCAAGUAAUGGGGACACACCGACAAAUCACGCAUCGGACGAAGUAAUGGAAGACCCAGGGCCUAUUCCAAAAAACAUCUACAACCGUGGCUUUGUGGAGAACUGGAAACAAGUACUAUUUCCAAUUUCACUGCAACGAAAAGCAGAGGCAUUGAAACAGGCAAACAAAUCAAAGAAUGCAUAGGGAGAAUGGUAGCAUCAAGAUUUUUCCAUUUGCUGGUGGAAGGUCAACAUGGAGCGUGACUCUUCCAUCCUGCCUUUUGAGGCGUCCUUCUGAACAUCUCGACAAACGAUUCGAUUGAUUAUUCGAUUCGAACCAGAUUGAUUGACUAUUUCGCGCCUGAACAAUCAUCACUGGACACUGACGCCUAAGAGUGCUCGCUCAGGGCAAAACCUUCCGACAACUUGGCACAACACAUCGCUCUAGUCUUUCUUGGAACACACGUAGAACCUUGUUUGCGGACUUUCCAAUCUAAUCCCACUAAUCUUUAAAAAUCGUAUGCAUACAUCGUAG